CCCUGCCUGUCGGGCUGGUGUCGUUCGCAGGCUCCGGUUCCCGGAGGCGGCCUAUGCUCCCCGCGCCCCGGGCGGAGGGAUGAGGAGUGGGGGUCCCGGGCGGCAGCAGCCAGGGCCCCACGCGGCGGAGCAGCCAUGGAAACGGCCGCGGCGGACGGCGGCCGCAGAGGGACACAAAGGCCCGCGGCCGAGCGGAGGCGGCGGCCGGAGCGGGAGCGGGGCCCGGCGCUGAGGGGCCCCAUGGAGCCGGCGGCGGGCGGCGGGGCCGGGGCGCCGCGCUACAGCCUGGUGGCGGAGAUCGGGCGCGGCUCCUACGGGGUGGUGUACGAGGCCGUGUCGGGCCGCAGCGGCGCCCGCCUGGCCGUCAAGCGGAUCCGCUGCGACGCGCCCGAGAACGUGGAGCUGGCGCUGGCCGAGUUCUGGGCCCUGACCAGCCUGCGGCGCCGCCACCCCAACGUGGUGCGCUUCGAGGAGUGCGUGCUGCAGCGCGACGGGCUGGGCCAGCGCAUGAGCCACGGCAACAAGCAGAGCCAGCUGUACCUGCGCCUGGUGGAGACCUCCCUGAAAGGUGAGAGAAUCUUGGGCUAUGCUGAGGAGCCCUGUUAUCUCUGGUUCGUCAUGGAGUUCUGCGAAGGGGGAGAUCUGAAUCAGUACGUGCUCUCGCGGCGACCGGACCCAGCCACUAACAAGAGUUUCAUGCUACAGCUAACCAGCGCAAUUGCCUUCCUGCACAAGAACCAUAUUGUGCACAGGGACCUGAAGCCAGACAACAUUUUGAUCACCGAGAAGUCUGGCACCCCGGUUCUCAAGGUGGCAGACUUCGGACUCAGCAAGGUCUGUGCUGGCCUGACGGCUCGGGGCAAGGAAGGUGGGAAUGAUAACAAAAAUGUGAAUGUGAACAAGUACUGGCUAUCUUCAGCCUGCGGCUCUGACUUCUACAUGGCCCCUGAGGUCUGGGAGGGACACUACACAGCCAAGGCAGACAUCUUUGCCCUGGGCAUCAUCAUCUGGGCCAUGAUUGAGAGGAUAACUUUCAUCGAUGCAGAGACCAAGAAGGAGCUACUGGGGACCUACAUCAAGCAGGGCACAGAGAUUGUGCCCGUUGGGGAAGCACUGCUAGAAAACCCAAAGAUGGAGUUGCAUAUCCCCCAGAAACGCAGGACUUCCAUGUCUGAGGGAAUCAAGCAACUCUUGAAAGACAUGUUAGCUGCUAACCCACAGGAUCGACCUGAUGCCUUCGAGCUUGAAACCAGAAUGGACCAGGUUACAUGUGCUGCUUAAAUUCAGGGCCAAGCAUUAGUGCAUUUUGCAAUUGGGUUUAUUUACCAGGGACCUACAAUCUCCAUUACUUACAUGCACAGAGGGAAGAAGACGGUAUUGAAGAUCACCUGACAACAGGAUCUCUGGCAAUGGGAAGUUUUCCGUUUGUUUUGGUCACGUGAGAUUUCAGAAGAAUAGAAUCUUUUGCAGCCCAGUUGGUUACAAGACUAUUGAAUGAGGUCAAGAAGAACAGGUUUCUCUUCCCCCACAUCCCCACCCCUUUCCCCCACCGUUUCAGCCUUGUUAUUCAACUAGAAUGCUACAGGGUCUUCUGGGAAAGACUUGUGUCUUUUUACCAACACUGAUUGGAAUUAGAAUCUCUGCAAAGCAUUCCCUCAGCUGCUGACAAGUACCAAGGCUCAAAGUCCGGAUGUACCCAAGUUUGUUUUUUAAAGUUAAUAUUCUUUAUCUAGGGGAGAGAAGCUCACUGGGCUUGCUCUGUAGUUGGGAGAUUGUAGAAAAAGUGAAGUCUUUGAAGCCCCAUGUUGGAAACAAACAGUCACGUGGCUCAGAACCUGAUGGCUCCUUAACAGGCAGGUGCUGCCCAGGUUAUAAAGCAAGUGACAUUAGAGUAGGGUAGCAAAAUUAACGAGAUGGAAGAGAAAUUGAUUAGGCAAGAUCGGUGCUGUAGUGGAAAAAGCCUUGUCGUCCCCCCACCCAAAUAAAAAAAGUCAGCUGUGGAAUUUGGCAGCUGAGAGACUAAUUCUGUAAUGGGCCUGUGGAGUGGAUGGGACAGAUUUUUCAGGUGACCAACUGAACUGUAGGGUGGAUGUAUAUGACAAAACCAGAAAGUAGCUGAAAAAAAAGAUCUGAAGUCACUUGUGCCAAACUUCAGCUGUGAAGGACUUGGCAGUAUUGGAGGUAGGGGGGCCGGACUGCUAGUCACUCACUGUAUGGUUUCAAGGCUCCUGCAGAAGCCUGUUUGCCCUUUGUGCGAUAACUGUGGUCUCCAAAGGGCAAGGAGAAUGCUGGUCAGGCUUGGUCAGUGGGAUGUAGGGGUAAGGAGGUGGGAAUCUCAAGCUGACCAGUUAAUACUUCGUUUCCUGGCCUGCAUUUGGAGCUGCACUGACUCUGUGUGAUGGUUUGAGUAGCGCUUUAGACCUUGCUCAGUGUAAAGCACAACACCCUUUUUACCCUGUGAUUUCUUACCCACGCUAGAAAUGUCUCCCCAAACCGCUGCAAACCCCUGCCGAGAUACGGGUCCAGGAGACACGAGUUGUGCUUCCAGACUAAAUCUCUCACCCGGUUACCGAAGUAUUGGUAGGAUGUGACUGGCUUCACAAUUAGAGAAGGGCCCUGCUGAGCUAAUCAGACAGGAUCGUCACAGUAGUAACAGGCUUGCUGUCUGUGCGGACACUUCAGUCUUAUUUCUCUUCGUUGACAUUUUUGUGCGCCCGCUUGCUACUUGUCUGUCUACUCGGUAUGCUGUACCAUCCCAUAAAAGUGAAGGAGGCUGCAAUAACUCCAUUAGGGCUAGAUUAAGGAUGGUGUCUAGUUUUGUUUUUUAAAACCUGUAAGCCUUGACACCUCUGCUGAGCUUGAAUGCAGUGACCAGAGAAGAUUUGGGAGGCACCUUACCAGGAAGGUUGUGCUGUGCAUUAGGGGAAUAGCAGAGCAGUAGCAUAGAGUUGUCAUUAUGUGCUCCCCCCAUCUGAUUAAACACCUUGUGUUUUGAAGGUUUCACACAGACCGUAACCAGCAUAGCACAAGCCCACGAAUGGGACCAAGUCGCUCUUUCCUGCAAACCCCCCUGAGAUGCUUCUCUGUGCUGUGGAUAGCCACAGUCAGACCUGAAAUACCCUCACUUCUUCCCAAGAUGGUUGUUUGGGUUUGGUUAUCAACCGCAGAGGACUGUCUGGCUUUGUAACUCGUCUGUUCAGUUUGGUUAGUCUACGUUUGAUUCCCAGCUUAGCGGGGCUGUUGUAGCAGCAUCUAAGAUACUCCCGGGGGGGGGGGGGG